CUCACAAUUUUUUCUCAAAAUGAGUGUUAGUUUCACGUUCUUAAGUCCUUUUGCCAGAUGUUGGGCACCAUUUAUCCUUCAUAGGAAGAAAAAGAACUUAUAUUCAGCAGUCCUUCAAAGAUACAUAUGUUCCAAAACACCAUCUGCACCCUUUCCUAAUAAGGAAAGCACAGCACCUACUGAAGAGCUGGAAUUGGAUAAAUGGAAAAUUACAAUGAAAUCUAGUAUGCAAGAUGUUUCUGUGGUUUCAGGUAAUGAGGAAGACACGCUCACUGCCACAAAGGAAUUAAUUGAGAUGUGGAGAUUGCUUGGCAGAGAAGUACCAGAAAACAUCAGUGAAGAAGAGCUCAAAACCGUUAUGGAUUGUGUUUCUAAGUCAUCUAAAAAAAAAUAUUUAAAAUACUUAUAUGUUAAAGAAAAGGCAAAGAAAGCUAAGCAAAUUAAGAAGGAAAUGAAAGCAGAAACCAUGGAAAAGGCAAGAGAUGACAGGUUACUAGAAACCAUUAAGGAAGAUAAACAACAAAAUUUUCUUUUUCUACGACUUUGGGAUAGGAAUAUGAACAUUGCAAUGGGCUGGAAAGGUGUCCAGGCUAUGAAGUUUGGACAACCUUUGGUUUUUGAUAUGGCUUAUGAUAAUUACAUGAAGCCAAAAGAAAUGGGGUAUACCAUUUCCCAGCUAUUAGAAAGUGAAGGAUGGAACAGAAGAGAUAUUGAUCCUUUCCAUAUUCAUUUCUGCAAUCUUAAAAUGGAUGGUCCUUACUAUACAGAGUUAGUUAAACGUUAUGGAGAAAAAUGGGACAAACUGCUCCUGACAACAACAGAAAAGUCUUUUGUAGAUUUAUUUCCAAAGGACAGAAUUAUUUAUUUGACUGCUGAUUCUCCCAAUGUUAUGAAGUCUUUCAGGCACGACAAAAUUUAUAUUAUAGGUUCUUUGGUUGAUAAAAAUGUACACUCGGGCUUGUCUCUAGCCAAAGCAAAACGAUUGAAUCUGGCAACAGAAUGCCUUCCGUUAGAUAAGUACUUACAGUGGGAAAUGGGUACUAAAAAUCUCACCUUAGAUCAAAUGAUCCGUAUUUUGUUAUGUCUGAAAAACACUGGAAGUUGGAAAGAGGCUCUGAAGUUUGUUCCUCAGAGAAAGCACACUGGUUAUAUGGAUGUUUCUCAGCAGUCUCAAGAGCUUCUCAACAGACUGAAGAAAUUAAAGACUUCAAAUAAAUUUCCAAAAGGUUCUCUGAAACAACACACAGAAAAAAAUAGGUGAUGUGAAUGGAAGAUUGAUAGUUUAAAAAGUAAAUAGAU